AUGCACAAACUGAAACAGUGUCGCAGUACAAGAGAAGCGGCCACAGAAGUAGUCCAUGGACUCGUGGAGAAUUUCCAAGCAAUCCAUUUUGUAGCAGGAAUGGGUAUAGGAAUCACGUCCAACGUGCUCUACACUUUCCCCAUUGAAGUUGUGAGACGGGGGUUCCACUAUGUAGGCCUUGUCUACUUCUUCAUCAACUUGGCGGUUGUUGCCAUAACCCACUUGUUGUUUCUGCUCAAGUACAUUGUGUUCCCGAAAAUGUACCCGGAGAGAUAUCCAACGACGUUUUGGGAGUUUGUCCAUGACGGUACAAAGAAUGUCUUUCUUGGAGCAAGCUCAAUGUCUAUUACAACCAUAGUGAAUAUGAUGUACUUAUUAAGGCCCAACUGGUGGAAAUUCGUGUGGUCAAUUUGGUGGCUCAACUUUGUACAGGCCAUUUCCAAUACUUUAAUUGUGUUUUUCUUUAUAUUUUCCAGUUCGACAAGCAAGGAGUUCCGCCAUCAGGGAAAACAAGUAUUCGUCAAGAUCAACCCUAGCAUUAUGUUACCCUUGGUGACAUGCACAGUCACCAGUGCCAGCGGAACCCAAAUCACAGAAAUCCUCCCUAGAGAGUACCAACUGGCCAUGAUGAUUAUAACAACGAUGCUCUUAAUUGUGGCCAUCUUCUCCUCCUUUGUUGCCAUUAGUGUCUUAUUCACGAGGUUCUUCAAUUUUGGAAUCCCGAAAAAUGGCGCCUCCUUCACCAUGUUUAUCCCCAUUGGAAUUAUGGGACAGGGUGGAAUCGCCAUCCUUGUCAAUUCCCAAAACAUAUGCAAUUACUACAAUGUCAUCGACGUCGUUCGUGAUGUUGGUGUUGCAUUGGGGGCAAUUCUCUCCAUUUCUCUCCUCGCCCUUGGUGUUCUCUUCACCGUGUGGGGGUGUUUGAGUGUCUUUUACGUGUACAUUGGAUGGCCGUCUCCGCAUAUGCGGGACAAGCUUGAAGUUAAUAUGCGCGGAGACCGGUUACUCAAAUGGCUCGAUUUUGAGUUGGUCUACUGGACACCGACAAUGUGGGCGGCGACGUUCCCCUUUGCCACAAUAGCGUUGUCAAGUCGUGAAGUUUGGGUGGUCAGUGGGAUCAGUGGGUUCCGGGUGUUGAGUUGCAUCUAUGGGUUUGCCGUUAUAGCCAUUACUACGUGGUGCAUGUUGGCAACGAUGUUGUUUGUUAUUCCAUGGGAGUUACGACACCGUAAGGCUGUGGAGGCACAAGAUGGGGAGGUGAAUAAACCCGAGGGGAAAGUCAAUGACGGGAUAGUCAGUUUGCGAAUAAUUGCCUAA